AAAACAGAACAAAUCUUUUAUUUGUUUUUGGAACACUUUUAAAUUUAAUUCCUUUCCACAACCAGUAUAAUAUAUUAGACUGUUUUGAUUGAAUUAAAUUAAAAUAAGAUAAGAUAAAACACUAUGCUUUCUCUUUUUUUUACCCGUUCCGUCCCUUUAUAAACCAUUGUUUGCUUCCCAAAUUCCCAUCAUUAACAAAGUAUCUGAUCUUCGUAAUAUUUUCUCUGGACUCAUAUAUAUAUAUAUAUAGUCUUCACAAGGCUCUUAUUCUUUCCUAUCAAUCUAUCGUUACACCAAUGGCCAUGCGAAAGAUUUAUGCAUCUCUCCCUGCCGUAGCUGCCGGAGUUGGAUUCUUCUUCUAUAAUGCGAAGGAACAUGCAAGAAGAAUUUCAGCAUCUAAUCAGGAAACAAUAUCUACAACAAGAGUGGUGGAAGAACAAACCAAGGCCAUUAGAGAACCAAGUGUGGCACCACAGUUUGAUGGUUUGCAUUGUUUUGAAACAUUUGUUAUGAACAAGAAACUUGCAAGAGAGAUUUCAGCAUCUAAUCAAGAAACAAUAUCUACAACAAGAGUAGUGGAAGAACAAACCAAGGCCAGUAGGAAACCAAGUGUGGCACCACAGUUUGAUGGUUUGCAUUGUUUUGAAACAUUUGUUAUGAAUUAAAUUCUUUGAAAGAUGUACAACUGAACUGAU